AUGGACACUUUCAUGCAAACCAUUAAAAAGAUAAAGACACUGGAAUGCUCUUUAGCCCCAAACAAUGACGGGGGUGAGCAAACAGGGCUUACAAGCAUACACGGCAGACACCACCCACAACUUCAACCGCGGGGCAGCAUAAAUCCCUUCAGGGCAACGCCAGGAGCUGGGGCGCACGCAGCAUCACCUGAGCCGAGUCGGGCCGAGCCCCUCCCGCUACCGGCAUGGCCCCCGCCCAGCGCGGAGCCCGCCCGCGGCCUCGGGCCCGCCCUCUCCGGUCCUGCGCGAGCACUUCCUGCCCACGCCCAGGGAGCCUCCACCGCGCUCACACCCCUCCGCGCCAAUGGUUCCUGCCCGGCCCCGGCGUUCCCCCCUGCCGGCCCCCCGGAGGAUGGUUCCUGCCCGAGCCCAUCAUCUCCAGCCCUUCCCAGCAGCCACCUCCCUCCCCUCCGCGAAAAUACUCGGCCCACAAUAUGGCGGCUGACAAAACACCUCGAGCGGCGCCCUGCCCCCGACUGCCGCGCUCCGCUCUCCCCCGCGCAGCCUCCGCGCCCGCCCGCCUCGCCCCUCGGCCGCCUCUCCCCCACCGCCGCCGUGCCCAGUCCUCCCUGCCCUCCCCUUCCCUCCGCCGGUCUCCUGUCUCCCCGCGACGGGACCUACCGGCUCCCAGCCCCGCAGCCCCCACCCGCCCGCCGGCCGCCGCCGCCCGCCUGGCUUCACUCACGCUGUGGGAGCCGCCGAAGCGCGGCUGACAGACCUCCCUCUCCGCCGCUGCGGCCGACGCUGCGGCCGGUUUAA